CAAACAUCCCUUAAGCAUCGGGAUGGAUUGCUAAUUUGGCAAGAGAUUUUGCUGGGCUACCAUCUCCAAACUUCCCUCCUUUCAAUAAAAAACCAGACAAACAGAAAAAUAAACGAAAGAAAGCACCUUGGCCUUCUCUCCGGCCGACCACCUCCAGUUCGGAGGCGGAGGAAGGAGGCCUAAUUGAUCUUUUCUUCUAUCGAGAACUUGCCCAGCUGAUUCAAUCUCCCACCCCACCACAAUAUAUAUGGACUACAACGACCAGAAAGGGUGCCCCACGGACAUGAAUUCAUCAGGACCACCUUACCUACCCAAAUAUGCAAUUCUGCCGGCCGGGAAUGGGGAUGGCGACCAGGUGGACGUUCGGCCUCCUUCCUACCGCCGCAACAUCCCACGCUAUCUGUCGACUCAGAACCGUAAGAGCGGGUCCAUCUGCCUCCAGUGCAUAUGCUGCUGUUAUUGCAUUCUCCUGCUAUUGAUCGUCAUUCUAGCAAGCCUCACUGUCUACCUCUACACCUUCUUCGAACCCAAGAUGCCUUCUUACACGGUGGAACGCUUCGGAGUUAAUUCCUUCGAUCUCCAACCCGAUUUCAAGCUUUAUAUCGAGUUUUUGGUGAGUCUGAAGGUCGAGAACCCAAAUGACAAGAUUGGCAUCAUCUAUGGCAAGGACAACUUGGUGGUCGUCGCUCACCAAGGCUUAACGCUUGGUACUGGAAAGAUUCCAGCUUUCUUCCAACGCUACAAAAAUGUGACCUUCAUGGAAGUUGUGGUUAAAGGGAAGAGCGAGCUUGGGUCGGCUUUUCAGGCAACUUUAAUGGAGAACCGGCUGGGCAUGAGGAUACCCAUACCCUUAAACAUGAAUAUCAAGGUACCUAUGAACUUCAUGUUGGGGGAGUCCACAUUAAGACAGUUCACUUUUCUUGUUAAUUGUUCUUUCGCUGUUGAUAACUUGUCGCCCAAGCACAAAGUUGAUAUUUUAUCAAGUAAUUACAAUGUGUCCUUUGCACUCUGA